CAGCACAGAGAGCACGCGAUAAGUAGUACCACACGGUCUUAUUCAGGCCAUCCCACGUCUUGGCAGUAUUACUACCAACACCAACUCGUGACGCUGCCGUCGGUCCGGACUUGGUUCUCUAUUCCCUUUGUAUCAUCAGAAUCGCUGGAUAAUGUCCGUCUUACUCGUGCAUCCCACUGCCUUGCUGUCUCGGGAUGAAUCCUGCUGCGCUUCAGUGUAGUCUUCAAAUCGACAACCACUUGUUUGAUCUAUGUCCCCUCGUCGCGUCGCAUCCUGGACCGCUGACGAUUUCUUUGGACGAAGAGACGCCUCCGACGCGCACAAGGAACACUUACAGUAUCAGCCUUAACGGCCCUUUGAAACGAGACGGAACUUUACCAGCGGAACUUCAGGUAUCACUUGCUUACUUUACCGGGGAAACUCGCGUCCUGAUUAUCUAUGAGUGUCCUGACGGAACUUGGAUAUGUCUGACCGUGACCAAUGCACGGCCAAACCGACCUUCGGAGCCCAUCCGCGUCACAAAUGUAAUACCUAUAGCAGUCGAUCCGAAUCUCAAUCCCACAGUCAAGUUUGGAGCAAAGGCGAAGUUAGAUGACUAUCACGCGCCAUUACAAGUGACACUUCACGGCGGCUCGUACACAAGUAGGAAUGUGAAGCAGAAGGCUACGUUUCAGUUUGUGUGUGACCACGAUGCAGAAGAGCCAACUGAACCCGAAUUCACGUGGUCCUUCAAUGGCACACACGCGUUUACAUGGAAAUCUAAACACGCCUGCUCGACCAUAGUCUCAGGAUCUCCAACUAGUCCAUCCGAACCCGACCUCGAUCCUCCUGCCGACCCCCCAAAGGAUCCUGACCUCAUCGACGAGGACCCCGUUCAUGAAACAAGACUUCUUCCGCUAUUCCUCGUAUUCAUCGCUAUUUCGUCUUUUAUCAUCAUCCGCGUUAUUUACCCAAUGAGUCGUCGACGCGUGCGUCAUACCAAGUUUAGACCAUCCUCUUCGCGGCUGUUGGAAUGGGCACAACAAGCGGGAUUUAGUGAUGAUGUAUACUCUGAUGCCGAGUCGAAUGAGCUGAAUUCUGAUGAAGAGAUACCACUGACACUUCGUAUGUAUGGAAGUGCUCCUAACACGGGAGUCGUUUACGGGAGUACGAGCAAGUAGCGGACUUGUGUGUGUGUGCAUUACUUAUUUUAUGAUUUCAGAAGAACUGCUUUGUCUGUCAUCUAUUAACAUGAAGAAGACUCUAAUGAAAAUCCGUCGAUUCGCCCGCCGUUUCGUGCUUCCAUCGAACUUCAUAGCCUCGUGCGGCAUUAAUUUGCAUUAAUACAGGCAUUUUCUUCGAUUCACGUUCGCAGAAAUGGAAUUGUAGUUGGCUGAUGAUCCCAGGACCAACGGAUCGUUUGUAUCC